AUGUCAAAAUCCUAUACAGUUGAAUGGCUCUCCCAGAGCCACACCGUGGCAUCCUUAAGUGAGAAAUCGGACCUCGACAAAGAGCAAGGAACGGGAAUUUACUUCAAGCCGCACAUUCCUUGUAUGGUUCAACCUCGACCGCCCACGUCAUUUUGCAAGGCUUCUGUGCAGCUAAAGUCGAAUCUUAAUUCCAAACAUUUACUUCAAGAUACUGACGAUAAACGAAUUAACUGGCCAGUGGGAUCACCUGCCGAGGAGAGUAUGACUCGCUCUUCUUCCGUGGACAGUAAAGCUGAUUCAUCUGACUGUGAAAGCGAGUCUGCACAGUCGGACUACCAGUCCCCUUACAAUGAAGACAUUAAAGAAGACGGCUGCACUCAACGCAAGCUGAGGACCAAAUUUACAUAUGAACAGAUACAUAAGCUGGAAAAGACCUUCAGCAGUCACAAAUACUUAGGUGCAUCGGAAAGAAUAAAAAUCGCUGCAAAGCUGAAUUUGUCUGAAACUCAGAUAAAAACUUGGUUCCAAAACCGAAGAAUGAAAUUAAAGCGUGAAGCACAAGACAACUGUCCAGAUUAUUUCUAUCGCAGUCCUGUAGCACAUCAAAUUGUUUACCCUGCAGUAGCCUCCAUGCAGCACUUCAGCUUUCCCCAGCAGCACAUCUUUCACCCCUCAUACCCAGCAGUGGAACACCCAAGCACGCUACAUUUUCACCCGUGGUUUCCUCAACACCUUUCAUUGCCGCCAAUGACGGCCGUACAGUCUAAACUUGGUCUUCACAUGACUUCACCCUACUUUUAG